AUGAGGCAGAAAAGGUUGUUCGCUGUACAGGCUCAAUUCCUAGAACCUCUAGACGCGACGUGCGACAACUAUCUAUUCGGUCUGCAAGGCUUCUUCACUACAGAUCCAAAAAACCUCGAGUACAUCAACAACACAAAAUUUGAAGAUUUCGAGCUAGGCUCGCGCCGACUCGGCUGCCUCCCAUUCCUCGGAGACGGCAUAUUCUGUCAAGAUGGACCAGCUUGGAAACACUCCAGAGACAUUUUGAAGCGACAAUUCAUGCGUGUCCAAUACAACGAUCUAUCAACCCUGGAACCGUUCGUGGAAUCAUUCGUUUCCUCCUUCGCAGGUGCCAAGAGUGUAGUCGACAUUCAGCCAGCCUGUUUCAAUUUCACUUUGUCAACCACAACAGCCUUGUUAUUCGGCGAGCCAGUGGACGAUCUCGGCGUGGAAAAGACCAAAGACUUCGCCUACCACUUCGACUAUGCUUCUGAAAAGACCGCGCUCCGACUCCGUCUCAGUGACCUACACUUUCUACACAUCUCCCGAACGUUCACAAAAUCAUGCGAUGCUGUUCGUGCCUAUGCAGAUUACUUCGUCGGAAAAGCCAUGAGAGCGAGGACUGAGCUCGGUGAGAAAGAGGCCUUCGCCAAAUAUCCCUUCAUCAUCGACCUCUACGAACAAGUCGGCAACGCACAAAAAGUUCGUGAUCAACUGAUCAACGUCCUCCUGGCAGGCCGUGACACCACAGCCUGUACAAUGUCCUGGGCCAUCUUUAUGCUUGUCCGUCACCCUGAAAAACUCGCACGACUACGUGCCGAAAUUUACGAGGCAACGGACGGCAAGACCAACUUCACCAGAGGCCAUUUGCAACGUAUGCCAUAUCUAGCCGCUGUAAUCAAGGAGACACUGCGACUGUACCCGCAAAUUCCAAUCAACAACAGAAACGCUAGCAGGACAACGUGGCUGCCAAGAGGCGGUGGUGCUGACGGGUUGCAGCCAAUAAUGAUACGCAAAGGCCAGGGCAUAGGUUACUCAACGUACCACAUGCACCGCAGGAAAGAAUACUACGGGGAAGACGCCGAGGACUUCCGGCCUGAGAGGUGGCUCACGGAUGAAUUGGUCAAUAUUGGCUCAGCGUAUGUGCCGUUUCACUCCGGGCCGAGGAUAUGUUUGGGCAAAGAUUUUGCGUUCACGGAGUCGAGCUACGCUAUUGCGAGAUUCGUGCAGGCGUACCCCAAUUUGCGACUGCCUGCAGGGACGAAGGUGGUGCCUGUAGGCCAGGAACCGCAGAAUCUCACCAUUGUUGUGUCUAGUGCUGAGGGUUGCAAAGUGAGCUUGGAUUGA